UCAUUCACCAAGCAUUCUCUUUCUCUUUCUCAAAGGAGCUGGAGAUAAAGAACGAACAACAGCAGAAAAUUCUGAGGAUUAAGACGGAGGAAAUCGCAGCCUUCCAGCGGCAAAGGAGAAGUGGAAGUAACGGCUCGGUCGUAUCACUAGAGGAACAGCAGAAGAUAGAGGAGCAGAAACGCUGGCUUGAUGAGGAAAUGGAGAAGGUUCUGGAUCAACGACGUGGCCUUGAAGACCUGGAAGGAGAGCUGACCAAGAGGGAAGAGAUUUUAGCCAAAAAAGAAGCUUUACUCUGGGAGCGCAGUGGCCUGGAAUCCAAAAAGCUUCGCUCAAGCCAGGCUCUUAGUCAAGACCUGUUAACCUUGUCUAGCCGGAUUGAGUCUCUGGAACGGGAGCUCACUGAGAGGAACGGUCUUCUGCGUAGUGGCAGUGCUCAGGACUCCCAGCAGAUCAGACAGGAGAUCUCCAACCUUCGGCAGGAGAAGGAGCUGCUGCUCAAACAACGAGUGGAGCUGGAUGACAAACUAAGACAGGGCAACCUGCUCUCUCCUGAGGAAGAACGAACACUUUUCCAGUUGGACGAGGCUAUCGAGGCUUUGGAUGCUGCUAUUGAGUACAAAAACGAGGCGAUCACCCAGAGACAGAGGCAGCUGCGGGCGUCUGGAAGCAUGUUGACCCAAUGGGAGAUGAACCUGAUGGCCAAACUCACCUACCUGUCUGCAUCAGAAACCAGAGCUCUGCUUUGCAAAUACUUUGAUAAGGUCAGAAAACAUCCCGGUUGCUUCAUAUUAUCCACACAAGUCUUGUUUAUGAACUUGCAUUAUGACACUUCUAAGUGGUGUUAUGUUUUAUUGGAGGAGGUGUGAUCUAUUAUCGUUUCAAUUGGCAGACCAUCAUAAUUCUGCAGCAAAUACGUGUUAAACGAUAACAAC